UUACAUCACUAGUUAUCUUCGAAAGGUCGGCAGGGUCAGUUGGACUACGUGCUAUUGUCUUCAUAAAUUAGUAGCUUUUCCUAAAAAACAGGCGACCCAAAAUGUUCUCCCGUGUGCUGAAACCCGUUGCCACCGUGGCUGUCCAGAAUGGCGCCAAAAACUUUUCCACCAGCUCAGAGCUGAAAAUGAAAGUGAUGGUUGCUGGCGCAUCCGGCGGCAUCGGCCAGCCCCUGUCUCUGCUGCUGAAGCAGAACCCCUUGAUCUCCCAACUGGCCCUGUACGACAUCGCGCCGGUGACCCCGGGAGUCGCCGUGGACCUGUCCCACAUGGACACGCCCGCCAAGGUGCUGGGCUACAAGGGACCCGAGGAGCUGGCGUGUGCCGUCGCAGACUCACAUGUGAUUGUGGUACCCGCGGGUGUCCCCCGCAAGCCUGGCAUGACCAGAGAUGACCUGUUCAACGUGAACGCCUCCAUCGUGAGGGACCUUGCUGAGUGCGUUGCCAAGAACGCCCCCAAAGCUAUUAUGUGCAUCAUCACCAACCCUGUCAACUCUAUGGUGCCUAUUGCCUCUGAAGUCCUGAAGAAGAACGGAGUAUACGACCCCAACCGCGUGCUCGGAGUCACAACCCUGGACGUUGUCCGUGCCUGCUCCUUCAUCGGCACCAUCAACGGAGUGGACCCUCGCUGCGUCACCAUCCCGGUCAUCGGAGGCCACUCGGGCGUCACCAUCAUCCCUGUGCUGUCUCAGGCCAACCCCGCGCCCAAGCUCACCGACCAGUCCAAGAUCGAAGCGCUUACUAAGAGGAUCCAGGAAGCCGGUACUGAGGUAGUGAAGGCUAAGGCCGGUGGUGGUUCCGCCACGCUGUCCAUGGCGUGGGCCGGCGCCAGGAUCGCCAACGCUGUCCUCCGGGGAUUGAAGGGCGAGGAGAACGUAGUAGAAUGCGCGUACGUAAAAUCCGACUUGACCGAAGCGAAAUACUUCGCCAACCCUCUGUGCUUCGGCAAGAACGGAGUCGCCAAGAACCUGGGCUACGGCAAGCUCAACGCGUACGAACAGCAGCUGCUGAAGGCCGCCAUCCCUGAGCUCAAGAAGAACAUUGAGACAGGAGAGAAAUUCGUUUCGAAGUAAACGAUGACAAACCUUAACGCGGUCGGGCCUACAGUAUAAGUAGUGAUGUGUGAACUGAGAGUGGUUGUAGAGAAAAGUUGAAUAAUGUUACAGUAAUCAUUUUAAAUUGUCGUUAAAUACCUAUAGUUCUUUUUUUACUAUUUAUAACGUCGCCAAAAUUUAUGAUGAUUUAAAAUUUCUACUAAAGUAUGUUGCAAUCGCUCCUGUUCACAGUCACUGUCUAGUGUAAUUGUAAUAUCAUUUGUAACCUCAUUAGGUGUCUUCACAUAAGUAUUACUGGUAGUGUUCGAUAAUGUGUACAUUCGAUCUUUCGGCACCUAAAGACUUGUAGAAGUUACGCUAUUCGUAGAAAUAGUAAGCUACACCAAACAGUAUCUAUAAUGUAAGUAAGAUGCCGGCCCGACCACAACCGUUUGUAGAUAACAUUUGAAGUAUAUUUAUUACAACUUAGACCUAUACAUUAUUGUAAUGUCUUAAAUCAAUUGAUUAGAGCAUUUUGUAUUGUAAUCAUGAGAUAACCCGGAGCUGCGUUGUUGCAGGCAAAAGAAAAAAUGCUGAAGAAUGGGAGUGCUGUGUAAAUAUUGUGAAGUGUGUGUUGUUGGUAAUUAAAUUACUGCGGUAUGAUA